AUGGCCGAGCUGCUCUGGAGCCUGCAGGAUUCCCAGCUCGUCGCCAGCUUCCAGCGCUGCUGCGGGCUCUUCCCCGCGCCGGAUGAAGGCCCCGGCGAGCCCUGUGCUGGCCCCGCGGAGGGCGCGGCGCGGGCGCCCGGGUUCGGGCAUCUCCCCGCAGCCAAAGGCAGGGGCGCCGGGGAGCCGGCCAAUGGGCUGCGGAGAGUCGCGGUCCCGCAGGCUUAUGUACAGAAGUACAUUGUGAAGAAUUAUUUCUACUAUUACCUAUUCAGAUUUUCAGCUGCUUUGGGACAAGAAGUGUUCUACAUCACAUUCCUUCCAUUCACUCACUGGAAUAUUGAUCCUUAUUUGUCCAGAAGACUGACCAUCAUAUGGGUUUUGGUGAUGUAUAUUGGCCAGGUGGCCAAGGAUGUGUUGAAGUGGCCCCGCCCCUUCUCCCCUCCUGUUGUGAAACUGGAGAAGAGAGCGAUUGCUGAGUAUGGGAUGCCGUCCACCCACGCCAUGGCAGCCACAGCUAUCUCCUUCACCCUCCUCAUCUCUACCACGGACAGAUACCAGUAUCCCUUUGUUUUGGGACUGAUGAUGGCUGUGGUGUUUUCCACGUUGGUGAGUCUCAGCAGACUUUACACUGGGAUGCACACAGUACUGGAUGUGCUGGGUGGCAUCCUGAUCACCGCCAUCCUCAUCGUCCUCACCUACCCCGCCUGGACCCUUAUCGAUCGCCUGGACUCGGCCAGCCCCCUCUUCCCUGUGUGUGUCCUGGUGGUGCCAUUCUUCCUGUGUUACAAUUACCCCGUGUCUGAUUACUACAGCCCAACCAGAGCGGACACCACUACCAUCAUGGCUGCCGGGGCCGGGGUGACCAUAGGAUUUUGGAUCAACCAUUUUUUCCAGCUCGUGUCCAAGCCCACGGGAUCUCCCCCUGUUCUUCGGAACAUCCCACCGCUCACCAGCAACCUGUUAGUUUUGGGUCUGACCAAGUUUACUGUGGGAAUCGUGCUGAUUCUCCUGGUUCGUCAACUUGUACAAAAUCUCUCGCUCCAAGUGUUGUACUCCUGGUUCAAGGUGGUCACCAGAAACAAGGAGGCCAGGCGGAGGCUGGAGAUUGAAGUGCCUUACAAGUUUGUCACCUACACGUCAGUUGGCAUCUGUGCUACCACCUUCGUGCCAAUGCUACACAGGUUUCUGGGAUUACUGUGA